AUGACCAAACCAGAGGAAGUCCCCACUUUGGAGACGAUCAAUGAAUUUCUUCGCGAUGAUACACGUGUCAAGCUGGCCGUGGUGGAUAUUGACGGUGUCCUGAGAGGCAAGAUCAUGCACAAAACGAAGUUUCUGAACAUCGUUGAGGAAGGCUUCGGUUUCUGCUCCGUGGUUCACGGAUGGGAUAUCGAAGAUCAACUGUAUACCCAGGAAAUCGAAUUUUCUGGUAAAGAAGCUCCGUACUUUGACUUUAUUGCCAAGAUCGAUCUUUCUUCCUUCAGAAGAAUCCCAUGGGAAAACAAUGUUCCCUUCUUCCUCGUCUCCCUCGUGCAUCCCAAAACCAGAGAACCUCUUUACUGCUGCCCUCGCACGCUCCUGGAAAGCGCGUGUGAUGAUUUGAUGAAUACCUAUGGCUAUACUGCUUACUGUGGUACCGAGUUUGAAUUCUUUUGCUUCAAAGAAACACCCGAGGCGUUGAAGGAAAAGGGUUUCACCAACCUCAACCCUUUGACAGUGGGCAUGUGCGGUUACUCAAUUUUACGCCCAACGGACAAUCAAGAGUUUUACUACAAUGCAUUUGAUUGGUUGCGAGAAUUCAGAGUGGAUAUUGAAAGUUGGCAUUCCGAAACUGGUCCUGGCGUUUUCGAAGCGGCAUUGGCCUACGUCGAUGCGCGCGAAGCUGGUGAUCGCGCCGCGCUUUUCAAAACGUCCAUGAAACAGAUCGCCAGAAAACAUGGGUUUAUGGCCUCCUUUAUGGCCAAGCCAUAUCAAGACCUUCCCGGUUGCUCCGGUCACACGCAUUUCAGUUUGAAGGACAAGAACGGACGCAAUGUAUUUGCGAUAUGGGAUAAAUCGGAAGAAAGCGAGAUCCCGGGAGUGAGCAAAACCAUGUACCAUUUCCUGGCUGGGUUAUUACGUGGCCUUCCCAGUAUCAUGGCCAUCUUGGCACCUACCGUAAACAGCUACAAGCGUUUAGUUGAACGUUUCUGGGCUCCCAUUACGGUUUCCUGGGGUAUCGAUAACAGACGAGGGGCGGUUCGUAUCAUUGUACCACCAGCCUCAUCACCCAACGGUGCGCGUAUGGAAGUGCGCGUGCCUGGAUCCGAUAUCAAUGCACAUCUUGUAUAUGCUGCCGUGUUAAAAUGUGGCUAUUGGGGCAUCCGUACAUCGCAGACAAUGCCUAUUGGACCAUUGAGCGACAAGGUUGAUCUGGACACGCAAUCAGGAGAGAAAUUGGCGCGUACAUUACAAGAGGCGACAGCUGCAAUGGAAGCGAAAGGAUCGGUAGCCCGGGAAGUAUUAGGAGAUGAUUUCGUGAAUCACUUCGUAAAGACCCGUCGACACGAAUGGACGGAAUGGGUGAAUGCGGUUACGGACUAUGAACGCAAACGAUACAUGGAGCUGAUAUAAUGCACCAAAUAAUCUGUGUGCAAUGAUCCGUUCGGAGGAUGACACUAUAAGGAAAACAUAAUUACUAAAAACGACAUGGCCCCAAUAUGGAAUGUAUUUCAAUUUCAUCAAAAAGAUUUUAUAUCACUUUGAAGUUUUUUUUUUUUCUUGACAUGUGCUGUUUAUCGAUCAAAUCAUUCAAGUUGCUUUUACUACCAUUGCUUGUUACGUGAUACCGUGUAAGCCAUCUCUUUAAUAAUGAAGGAUACAAAGUUCAGCCGUUCACACCACCAUGUAACCUUUCAUUUUUUACCAUUGUGCGUAGCCCGAGAAAUUAAAAAAUUGAUAACCGCUUUGUGAUACCAGGUGCGACCAUCUGUUUUUGGAAUUCAUUAGCGAACAUCAUAUUUUCACGUCGAGCAAGAUAUUAGGUCAGUGUUUUUCAGGCGAAUAGAACACGAUCG